AUGAGGUUCAAUGACCUUGGGCGCGUGCCAUGGCUCGCGCUUCUGGUAUCAGGAGCCCUGGGGCAGCGCAUUGUAGACGUCACAGAUCUAAGAAUAUUUUCAAGCCUGGCACCAUGUGCAGCAUCCGCCAUCUCACUUCACAUCAUGUCCCAGACGAGCUCCAACUGCCCUCAGGCUGCGACGGAGCUCCAAGAAUGCGUCUGCACCAAAAACAGUCAACUUGCCGCCAUUUCCUCGGCCAUGUCGCUUUCGGUCAGCGACAACUGCGGCUCAACCGCCACCGACGACCAAACCUCGGCUGCGUCCGUCCUGUCGGCGUACUGCGCCCAAAAGACCCCUUCGGCAAUGCCGACCCUACGACCCCCGGAAUUUCCAGUGUCGCAGUACAUCACGGACUUUGUCGAGUUCGAACAACUUGCACCCUGCGCCAGCAGUGCGCUUUCGUAUGCUGUGCAGAGCAUGACCAACACCUACUGUCCGCGAGACCCAGUUGGCCUGGCCAUGUGCGCCUGUCAAAGAAACCAGAACUCUCAGUCCAUCAGCCGGGUCAUCGACUCUUCUGUGAGAUACAGCUGCGCAUCCCACUCGGCAGACAUGACUUCGGCGCAGGGAAUGUUUUCAGCAUACUGCAAAAUGGCGGACUCGGGAACUACGGCUUUUCCUGUUCCGUCGCCUCCCCCUGGAGAUAUGUCUUAUUUCGUAACUGCUCUUCCUCAGUUCAAAUCUCUGGCUUCUUGUGCGCAACACGUCGUCUCAUUCGCUAUAUCAUCUCAAAUCAGCCAGUACUGCCCACAGGGCGUGCAGGCCUUGGCCUCUUGCGUCUGCAUCAAGGAGAGCAUGUCGUCGUCGGUUUCCAGCAGCAUCUCGUCCAAUGUCAAGUUUUCCUGCUCCACAACGGCGAAUCAAGACCUCACUUCUGCGCUGUCAGUCUUUGGCUUCUACUGCAGUGCCGCGAGGGGGCAGGUUAAAGCGACGGGCAUCUCGGAAUCGAUCGCACAAUCGUACCCUCCGGCACAGACGGGAAGCAACAGCGGGCAACCCGGACCGGGUCAGUCAGGCGCAGCAGGGCAGGACGGCUCAGUGGACGGCGGCAGCGGGCCCAACACGGGCAUAAUAGCCGGCGCGGUGGUCGGCAGCGUGGUGCUGCUGCUGCUGACCGGAGUCGCCGUCUUCUUCCUGAUGCGCCGAGCACGGCUCAACAGUCCGUCGGCCUCGAAGCCUUACGGGCGGCCAACCUCACCGGAGCACCAUUACAAGCCUGAGAUGGACGGCGUCGCUACGCAGAUUACCCAACUUCCGCCGGCCCAGAGCCCAGUCGGCAAUCAACAGAGGCAGGAACUGCCUAUUGGUAGCGGUAUAGUCUCGCCUCUAUCUGCGGGUCCCGCCACCUCUGAGCUGCACGGCACCGACAGCCCGGUUUCUCCGCAGACUGCGGGGUAUCGGACUUAUGGCUUCCAAGACCAGAACCUGCAGAUGCAGCGCUCAGAGUUGCAGGGAGCUCAGCCGCAUCCUGGAGUUUCCAGCCAGAACAGCUUCAACGUUCAUAAUGGGACACCAGCGAACAUGACGUGGCAUUCUGGGCCAGUUCCCGAAUACUCGGAGCUUGAUGGAACGAGUAAUACAAGAGGGCAACCAGAAGAAGGAAGAAGGUAA